GCCGGUUUCCAGCCUCUUAUACAUACCCAGAUCACUAUUAGGCAUAAAAGCCCCAAUAUAAGUCUUGCGAAGCAAACGUCUAACAGAGAGCACAAACAACAAUCCAUAACCCCAAUUUUGGGUAACCAGGCACGCUGUGAUGAUGAUGAUGAUGAUAAGUUCCAUCUCGCCCUUACCUGCAGCUCCUCCUACUUCUGUUACGACACAUACAAAGCCUAUUGGCAUCAUCCCUCCUCCUCCAGAAACAGCAAAAAUCAUCAACAAAACUGCCAAGCACGUUUCCAGGAAUGGACCGGAAUUUGAGAAGAAGGUCAUCACUGAAAAGACUAAACUAAAUCCAGAUCCAAAAUUCGACUUUUUGAAUUCCUCACAUCCCUACCAUGCAUAUUAUCAGCACCGGGUGGCCGAAUUCCGUGCCCAGCCUGAUCAGUCUUCUGAAGAGCCAGCUCCGGUUGUAGAUGUUGAAGCUGGAGCACCAAAGCCUGAUUCCCUCUCCCAGCUUAGACCUGAAUGCAAAGUGCCCGAACCACCAGAACCCGAAGAGUUUACUGUUCAGCUCCCUCAAGGAAUUAGUGGAGAAGAACUGGAUUUUAUGAAGCUCACAGCCCAGUUUGUAGCUCGGAAUGGGAAAUCGUUUUUGACAGAAUUGAGAAGCAGAGAGAGUAAAAACCCCCAGUUCUAUUUUCUCGAUCAUAAACAUAGCUUGUUCAAGUUUUUUACUUCUCUGGCGGAUGCAUAUUCAAAGGUAUUGAUGCCACAAGAAGGGAUGACAGAGAAACUGAAGAAGAACACGGCGGACAUGACCAUCGUGCUAGAACGGUGUGUGCAUCGGCUGGAGUGGGAGCAUUAUCAAAAGCAGGCAAAGCAGAAGACUGAAGAUGAGAUUGAGCAGGACAGGUUACAAAUGGCUGCAAUUGAUUGGCACGAUAAUGUCUUGGUCGAAGUCAUAGACUUUGAUGAUGUUGAGGAUGACUAUUUACCUCCUCCGCUGAGCCUUGAAGAGGUUAUAAGUAGGAGCAAAGUUGUUAUGGAAGCAGAUGAUAAUGUCGAGGAGCAUAGGGAUGUUGAAAUGGAGUUGGAUGAAGAAGAGAUGCAGCUUGUUGAAGAAGGCAUGAAAGUAACAGAGGUGGAACAAGCACCAAUGAGAAUUGUGAAGAACUGGAAGAGACCCGAGGAGAGGAUGAUCCAAUCCAGUGCCGAAAGAGACAUGACGAUUUCCCCCAUUACCGGGGAGCUUGUCCCUAACAAUGAGAUGUCUGAGCACAUGAGGAUUUCCCUCAUUGAUCCAAGAUACAGAGAACAGAAAGAAAGGAUGUUUGCUAAGAUUCGGGAGACUAGUCUUGUUCUUGCUCAGGACGAUGAGAUCUCAAGAAACAUUGUGAACCUUGCGAGAACCCGUCCUGACAUUUUUGGUUCCACAGAGGAGGAAGUUUCCAAUGCUGUUAAGGCUGAGAUUGGAAAGCAGGAAAAGCAGCAGGUCAUAUGGGAUGGUCAUGCUGGAAGCACUGGCCGUGCAGCAAAUCCAGCCAUGUCACAGAAUGCCAAUGGAGAUGAUAAAACUGAUGUUGUGAACAAUGAGGCAAGGAACCUUCCUGGUCCGGCGAGACCUUCAGUUCUUCCUCUUCCACCACCUGGUGUUCUUGCCGUUAAUCUUCCUAGUGUUCCUGCAAACACAGUUCAGUACGCAGGUACAAAUAGCAGUGAUUUCCCUGUCCAAUUUCCAUUGGUUAAGACUACUAUGCCUCCGUCAAUGUUUAUGUCUGCAGCUAGUAUACCUGUACCUCCUCCACCUGUAUCUGAGUUUACAACCAUGCAAAUGGCUUACAUACCUACAAACACAAUGCCGAUGCCUCCACCGCCUUUGCCUCAUGUGCGGCCACCAACACCUCCGCAUGCAGAACCUAAGCCAAAGCGACAGAAGCUUGAUGAUUCAAUGCUUAUUCCAGAAGAUAAAUUUCUGGCACAGCACCCGGGACCGGUUGGCAUCAAUAUAUCUGUUCCCAAUGUUGAUGAAGGUAACCUCAAGGGACAACUUUUGGAGAUCACAGUGCAGUCUUUAUCUGAAACUGUUGGCAGUCUGAAAGAGAAAAUUUCUGGGGAAAUCCAGCUUCCGGCAAACAAACAGAAAUUGAGUGGAAAUUCGGGAUUUCUGAAAGACAAUUUGUCCCUUGCAUAUUACAAUGUAGGCGCAGGACAAACACUUGCUCUUUCAAUAAGAGAGCGUGGUGGAAGAAAGAGAUGAACGGUU